CUUCAUCUCCAUCAAUGAUCUGCAGUCAUAUCUGAUUCGGCAGCACUGGCAGGAAGCAUCAUCUCCAUCUCUCUCCAUUUCCUCUCCAAAAUGUUGCCUCGUCGGAGAAACAGCUCGCACUCUGUCAAAAGGCCCCGUCUGGGUGAGCGGACCAUGCUUGCCUGCAUUGGCUGCAAGCAGAAGAAGCUCAAAUGCGAUGGCCAAAGCCCACGAUGCCAAAACUGUUCGAGGAGCGGUCGGGAAUGUCUCGUUGAAGAUCCUGCCACUGGAUUAUACCGGCCCCGAGAUUACAUGCAAUCUCUCGAGGCCCGCGUGGCAUAUUUAGAAGGUCUUCUUCAAAAGACCCGACCCGACGUCGCCUUGGAUCACCUUGUCGAAUCUGAACAGAGCCCACGGGGAGAUAUCCAGCAGGCAUCCGCAUCUGGACUGCACAAUGCACCCCAAGAUGAUGCCCAAGGUGGCCCCUCCAUCGAAGUUGAGGAUCCUGCCGACCAGUUAUCCGCAGAUGUCGCCUUGUUAUGUCUGAGUGCAGCUGGCAAAGAACCUCACUACUUCGGCCCUUCUUCCGCCGUGUCAUUCUCGCGAAUCGUCAGUGCCGCCAUGAAAUUGCCCAGAAAGGUCGGAGGCUCUCAGAAUAGCGUGCUCAUGGCGGAGAAUGCAGCGUUCAGUUCUGCGCGGCUUUUCCCCAUCAGCUUUCCUUCGCCUGCUCUCGGAUCGACCCUGUCGCAGGCCUACUUCAACAAUCUCCAUCCUCAAUAUCCGUUCCUGCACCGGCCGACGUUCGAAUUCUGGGAGGAUUCUUGCAUGAAGGCGGAUGCGUCUGGCAAUCUCUAUAUCGCGGGUGACGUUGCCUUGUUUUUCGUUUGGAUGGUGUAUGCAAUCGCCUCUCUUGCACUCGGGCCUGCCCACUAUGACACAGCAGAAUCCUACUACUACAUGGCCCUUGAGCACCAACCAGCAGUCCUGGAGCUCGACAGCAUCGAGUCAAUACAAAGUCUCCUCUCCUGCGCCGUGUACUCCAUUAGGUCUCCGACUGGAGGCAGUCUCUGGAGAAUUUCUGGUGUCGCAAUCAGGUAUUGCGUUGAGCUGGGCUACCAUAGAAGCGUCAACAGGUAUCGCAAGCAGACAAAUCCCCUCGUGGCGGAAAUGUCAAAACGAUGUUUCUGGGUGGCCUACGACAUUGAUCGCGUUGCUUCAUUUAUCCUGGGUCGCCCUGUCGGCAUCCCGGAUGAUUGUAUCGAUGCCGAGAUGCCCUUGGACAUAGACGACGAAAACAUCAACACGCUCGGAUUACUCCAGGACCCACGCUCCUCAAAUAGCGAACCACCAACCCACAUGACUGGAGCGAUUCAUAUCAUCAAGCUCCGCCGCUUGUGGUCCAAGAUCGGCAACACCAUCUAUCCAACCAUCACCAACUCAUGUCAAGACGUUGCACAAAAGCCACUCAUCGACAAACUUGCGCAAGAGCUGGAAGAAUGGCAUGCCAACAUCCCUGUGCCGCCAGAUAUUUCUGGCACGGAUCCCCUUUCCGUCUUUGCAUCUCGGGAAUGGUUUAGGCUCGCUUAUGAUCAUUCCAUCUUGAUUCUGUACCGGUAUUGGAUUACUCACGUUCCACCGGCCGGCGAAGAACAUGAUGUCGAAGAAGCUCUGCAGAUUUGCUUUCAGAGAGCUCGGGACUUGUGCCUGCUUUACCGGAGGCUCUUCCAGAGUCAAUCAAUCCAGUUCACUUGGGGUUCUCUACAUAUCCUGUUUUUGGGCGGGCUGACUUAUCUCUAUUGCAUCUGGAAGUCUGCAAGCCUGCGACAAUCGGCCAGGAAAAUGGAGGUUAUCAAUACCUGCAUGGCAUGCAACACCGCUCUAGUCAUUAUUGCCGAGCGAUGGAGCAAUGCCGGAGCCUAUCGGGACAUAUUCGAGCUGCUCUCCGAGAGGACCAUCGGUUUGAUCUGUGGAGACGAAGGAAAGGCUCCGGAAAGGACUCACACCAGCAUUCCGACGUUGAACCAAGUCAUGACCAACUCUGAGCCUGCGCCUUUAGAGGAUUGGAUUGUGGGUCUGGGUGACAGUGGUUUCCCCAUGGAUUCCGAAUGGUUGGUUCAAGAACUACUGCAAGGCAUGAGGAAUACCCAGCCUGGUGAGCCAGGGUUUGAUAUGGAACAAUCAUCUUCAAUGAACAUUUGAUGAUCCAUUUCAUCCCACGGUUCGUCACGUUAGGUUAACAAACAUGUAUCAUAUUAGUAAUCUUGAAAAUGAGGCUUCACAAUCGAACUUCCCAGCCAGACUCCUUCGCACAUUGCUCCAAGCUCUCCAUUUGCGCCCUGAG